AUGACGAAGGAAGAGCAGCACGAGUGGUACAGGAGUGAAAAGAAGUCCCACCGCCAGGACGGUGGUGGUGGCGGUGUGUCUAAGAAGAGAACAUUUGCCACCGCCGUCGGGGUUGUCGAAGACACUCGGCGGGCUUCCAUGAGAAACAGCGAGCAGGAUAGGUGGUGGCUUGAGAAAGACUGGGUCGCCAGAGAGAUGACCUUGGGCCUCGUGAAGAGCUACGAGGAUGGGCGGGCGAAGUUCUUGAAAAGGUGUCAGGAUGAUGACACCGAGAGCAAACAGUUGAGAGGCGUCUGGAUGCUGAAGGAGUUUGGUGGCUUGCUGGGCGAGCUCGCACAGGAGCACAGCGUAGCAGGAACUCUUCGCCAGCGAAUGGACGUCACAGACCAAAACGAGCUGGCUGUCUGCCAAGAGCAGACAGCACAGAGGCUCAAAAAGGCCGGUGAAAGGCUGGCAACCGAAAAGGCCAUGCUCGACCAAGGCAUGGAAAACGCCUCGGUGCCGGGACUGCAUGUCGCCCGAGACCUCGAUCAGCUCAAGCAGGAAGAGGCUCUGCGAGAUCAAAGGUGGAUGGAAACGGUGCUGGAGAAGCAACAAGCCGACAAGGAAAGGCAAGAGAACAAGGACAAGAAAAAGCCCGUUAGGGCAGUGCUCUUCCUGCAGAUCAAGAAUGCCCAUGCCCGGGAGGAGACCAUGCUUGCCUCCGCACACGGCAAGCAGCAGGAAGCCUUCACCGGCCUGAGAGAAGAGACUCAGGCAAUGAUGGCAGAGGAAGACGAAGGAACAAAGAAAGAGUUCCAGUCAACAAUGGAUGCACUCGAAGAGGACUUGGGCAAGCUUCUUCAAUCCAUCCCUGAGCUCGCAGCAAACCGGAAAAUCAAGGAGGAGGAGAUGGCAACGACGGAGGACGAUGACGAGCUGCUCAACUACCUGAAGGAGGCCACGGAGGCGUGCAAGAAGGGUCCUGGGGACUGGCCACAGCUGAAGGCGGUGCCUGCGAUUGAUUUGGAGGUUUAA